CUGACCUGAUACUUCCUCUCUCUGCUGCCCACACUGUCUGUCCUCAGUGCUGCACCACUGCGAUGCCACGGCUGCAACACUAGCACGAUCAUUUCCCCCCAUUUUCCACAACCCUUAAGUGGGCCAACCCUGUUAAAUUUUCUUUUACUCUCCUUUUCUUUUCUUUUUCAAACUAGCAGUUUUUUUUUUCCCGGGAAAAAAUGCCUAACAUCGUGCUUUUUAGCGGGAGCUCCCACCACGACCUGUCGCAGAAAGUGGCCGAUCGGCUGGGACUGGAGCUGGGGAAAGUGAUCACCAAGAAGUUCAGCAACCAGGAGACAUGCGUGGAGAUCGGGGAGAGCGUGCGCGGCGAGGACGUGUACAUCGUGCAGAGCGGCUGCGGCGAAAUCAACGACAACCUGAUGGAGCUGCUCAUAAUGAUCAACGCUUGUAAGAUCGCCUCCUCGUCCCGCGUCACCGCCGUCAUCCCCUGCUUCCCUUACGCUCGCCAGGAUAAAAAGGAUAAGAGUCGGGCGCCCAUAUCGGCCAAACUGGUGGCGAACAUGUUGUCUGUCGCCGGCGCCGACCACAUCAUCACGAUGGACCUGCACGCUUCACAGAUCCAGGGCUUUUUCGACAUCGCCGUAGACAACCUUUACGCAGAGCCCGCCGUCCUGCAGUGGAUCAGAGAAAACAUUCCCGAAUGGAAGAAUUGUAUCAUUGUCUCUCCAGACGCCGGCGGCGCAAAACGUGUGACGUCCAUCGCAGACCGUCUCAACGUGGACUUUGCUCUCAUCCACAAAGAGAGGAAGAAGGCCAACGAAGUGGACCGCAUGGUGCUGGUGGGCGACGUCAAGGACCGCGUGGCCAUCCUGGUGGACGACAUGGCCGACACCUGCGGCACCAUCUGCCACGCCGCGGACAAGCUGAUCGAUGCCGGCGCAGUAAAGGUGUACGCCAUCCUCACACACGGCAUCUUCUCCGGUCCGGCCAUCUCUCGCAUCAACAGCGCCCCGUUCGAGGCCGUGGUGGUGACCAACACCAUCCCACAGGAAGAGAAGAUGAAGGCGUGCCCGAAAAUAGAGGUCAUCGACAUCUCCAUGAUCCUGGCGGAGGCGAUCAGGAGAACCCACAACGGCGAGUCCGUGUCCUACCUCUUCAGCCAUGUACCCUUGUAAAGCAGGAGAGAGGGCGACCCCCGUCCCCCUCUCGCUGUCUCUCUCCCCAUCUCCCCCCGUCGGGCCACUCAGCCGGCACUUUUUUUGCCACAUAUCCUCCAGAAAGGCCUCACUGGCCAAAUCCCACGUGACUGUUUAAAGGUCACGCCACACACACAUCGUCUUCGACAUGUUCACCACGGAGACUUCCUUCUCUGAAGACCAAGUUUAUAUUUAUGAGUUUCUCUUCUUUUUUUUUUUUUUUUGCUCUCUCAUGUUUCGGUCUUGCCAGCCCUCGAUCACCUGAGGCGCGGCCUUCACUUUAACCAAAGGCUCCAUCAUGUCUUAUUUGUACCUCAUAUUGACCUCACUUGAAAUGAAGCAUUCCACGAUGUCAUGUGAUUAGAAAUAUUUUGGCCCUUUCUGCUUUACAAAGUCAUUAAAAAUAGUUAAAAAUGUGAAAACAAUGCACCUUUCCCUCCCCCCCCUCAGUGUUUGCUUUAACAGCUGCUAAAAGUAUUCCAAUAAUAACCCUUAACUAGCUAAUGCUAUCUUGAUUGUAAUAGUUUAUGUUUAUCUGACCACAAACUUUUUUUUUUAGUUUUCUUUUAGUGAGCCUCAUGAAUGUGCUGAUGCAUCUUACCUCUGCCGUGUCAUUUCUCCCACAAUAAGCUGCUGUCACCCAGUGGUGGCUCAUCUGUACGACAACCCUUCUCCCAUUGAUUAACUCCCCUCCCCUCUCUCUCUCUGAUAGGUCUGUUGUUGAUUAAAAGUGUCUAAUACGAGGUGUCGUUGGGUGUUUCACCCGUGUUCCAAAAGGUCAUGAAAACAAGUUGAGCCCAAAGCGUGUUAUAGUGUUAAGAUCACAGCUGUGAUGGGUCACUGAUGUUCCAAUGAGGCAGGUUUCGAUGUUAACCUGCAGCUGGAUAAAUAAAGUUGGUGGAAAAGCGUGAUUUUUUUUUUUUUUUUUUUUUUUUUUUUUUUUUUAAUUUCUUUUUUUAUAUGUAACAUGUGGAGCUAUUUCUUUGACAAUAAAGCUUUGACAAUGGCUUACAGACGCUCUUUGCUUUUUAUUGGUACAUUUAAAAGGACAUUACAGCAAUUUUUUUGUGUUUGGACUUGUGAGAGACUUUUCUUUUUAAUUAUUAAAAAGCAUUAUUACACGA